GAGUGCAUUUCCGUCCACAUCGGCCAGGCGGGCGUGCAGAUGGGCAACGCCUGCUGGGAGCUGUACUGCCUGGAGCACGGCAUCCAGCCCGACGGCAUCGUCUGCGUGGAGCCCUCCUCCGGCCAGGCCGACUCCUCCUUCGGGACCUUCUUCAGCGAGACGGGGGCGGGGAAGCAUGUGCCCAGAGCCCUGUUCGUGGACCUGGAGCCCACCGUCAUCGACGAGAUCCGGACUGGGGCCUACCGCUCGCUCUUCCACCCGGAGCAGCUGAUCAGCGGCAAGGAGGACGCGGCCAACAACUACGCCCGGGGCCACUACACCAUCGGGAAGGAGAUCAUCGACGCCGUGGUGGACCGGACUCGCAAAAUGGCUGACCAGUGCAGCGGCCUUCAAGGGUUCCUGGUCUUCCACAGCUUCGGUGGCGGCACGGGCUCGGGAUUCACGUCUCUCUUGAUGGAGCGUCUCUCGCGUCUCUCCGUGGACUACGGCAAGAAGUCCAAGCUGGAGUUCGCCAUCUACCCUGCGCCCCAGGUCUCCACGGCGGUGGUGGAGCCCUACAACUCCAUCCUGACCACCCACACCACGCUGGAGCACUCAGACUGCUCCUUCAUGGUGGACAACGAGGCCAUUUACGACAUCUGCAACCGGAACCUGGACAUCGAGCGCCCCUCCUACCUCAACCUGAACCGGCUGAUCGCCCAGAUCGUCUCGUCCAUCACGGCCUCCCUGAGGUUCGACGGCGCCUUGAACGUGGACCUCACGGAGUUCCAGACCAACCUGGUGCCCUAUCCCCGCAUCCACUUCCCCCUCACCACCUACGCGCCCAUCGUCUCGGCGGAGAGGGCCUACCACGAACAGCUCUCGGUGCCGGAGAUCACCAACGCCUGCUUUGAGUUCUCCAACCAGAUGGUGAAGUGCGACCCGCGCCGGGGCAAGUACAUGGCCUGCUGCCUGCUCUACCGGGGGGACGUGGUGCCCAAGGACGUCAACACCGCCAUCGCCUCCAUCAAAGCCCGGCGCUCCAUCCAGUUCGUGGACUGGUGCCCCACCGGCUUCAAGGUGGGCAUCAACUACCAGCCGCCCACGGUGGUGCCGGGCGGGGACCUGGCCAAGGUGCAGCGGGCCGUCUGCAUGCUGAGCAACACCACGGCCAUCGCGGAGGCCUGGGCCCGGCUGGACCACAAGUUCGACCUGAUGUACGCCAAGCGGGCCUUCGUGCACUGGUACGUGGGGGAGGGCAUGGAGGAGGGGGAGUUCUCUGAGGCCCGGGAGGACAUGGCUGCACUGGAGAAGGACUACGAGGAGGUGGGCAGGGAUUCCACAGAGGAGGAGGAGGAAACGGCGGAGGAGGGAGAAGAUUAUUUCAACACUUGCUCUAGGCCUUAGCCUGGCGUUGCUCCGACUUUCAGGGGUGACGGUAGCUGGGGUGACAUGUCACUGAGCUACGUGACCAUCUUGCUGCUAGAGACACUGCCGGCCGGACUCGCCUCGUUCCU